CGUGGCAGUUCCACGAACCGCCGCCAGAGUGCACUUUCGACGCCAAGAUCCAUGAACGUCAACUCGCGCAUGGGCAAGAAGGCCGCGUCCCAGCGCGCUGCGACGCAAACAUCCAUGACAGGCAACAGCUCCAUGAAGGCCAAGGGCCGGAAGAAGUCGAUUGCGCCGCCGCGGAUCCGCCACUUGGCUGUCAAGAAGCCCGCCCAAGAGCUCGCCGAGUACGAAACCGGCUACAACAACCACGAGAUCAUCGUAACCGGGGGCGGCGCGCGGACCCACUCGUUCAAGAAUGCGCCACCGCUCGAGAGCGUCCAGGGAUCGUCGAUCCGCCGGUCGAUGCUCAAGAUCAAGGCCAAGGCGCAAAGCCCCAAGACGUACGUCAUCGACCCAAAGAGCGCACGUGCGACGCAGUGGGACGUCUUCAUGGCCUUUCUCAUCGCGUACAGCGGCAUCACGGUGCCGCUCAGCGUGUGUUUUCCUGGGCUUCAAAGCAUCUCGGGGUUCUGGCCCUACGUCGACAACUUUGUCGAUGGCUGUUUUGGCAUUGACAUUGUGCGCAACUUUAUGAUGGGGUACCACGACGACCAGGACCAGCUCGUCGUCAACCAUCGAGAGAUCGCCAAGCAGUACGUCAAGACGUGGUUCUUGAUCGACUUCUUCUCGACCUUUCCGCUGCAAGCGGUGGCGACGGCCACCAACGCCUCCCUCGGCAACUCGAGUUCGUUUGCCUCCAUCCAGCUCAUUCGCAUCUUCCGCGUCUUUCGCAUCCUCAAGCUCACGCGGCUCGUCAAGCUCCGCGUCUUCUUCAAAAAGGCCGAAGAUCGGUUUGGCUUCAACCCCGGCAUGGUGCGCCUCGUCCGGCUCAUCAUGCUUGUGCUCUUUCUAUCGCAUGUCAUGGCGUGCUUCUUCCACUUGCUCGGCAGCCCCGUCGACCCGUCGUUUAGCGGUGCCCAACGCCGCCGCCUCGGGCUCACACCCACCGCCGAGUACUUGACGUACAAACCCAACGUGACGUGGCUCCAAGACAACGACCUCCGCAUCGAGAGCGACAGCGUCCGGUAUAUGUACAGUCUCUACUGGGUCAUGACGACGCUCGCCGGUGUCGGCUUUGGCGACGUGCACGCCGUCUCGAUCUCGGAGCGCAUGUACGCCACGUUUGCCAUGAUGAUUGGUGCAUCGGUCUUUGGCUUUGUCAUCGGGUCCAUCUCGUCCCUCCUUGAGUCCAUGGACACGCGCGCGGCGGCGUACCAGAUGAAGAUGAUGGACGUCAAGGACUACAUCCGUGUGCACAAGCUGCCAAAGGAGCUGCGGGUCAAACUCUGCCGGUACUUUGAGCACUACCUUCAGCGCGCGUCGCUCUUCGACGAGUCGUCGAUACUCAGUGAAGUGUCAUUGAACCUCCGCAACGAAGUUGAUUCCGCGAUCCGCAACAUCAAUGCGCAGUUUGUGAUGGACAUGGCCAUCAACAUCAAGCCGCUCUUCCUCUUGGCCGACUCGGUCAUUGCCAAAGAGCACACGGUGGGCCGCGAAAUGUACUUUCUCAACUCGGGCAUCGUUUCGGUGUGCAACUCGACGAUGCAAGGCCAUCGCGUGCUCCUCGAUGUGCUCAGCGAGAACACGUAUUUUGGCGAAGCGCCGCUCCUCUUUUACUGUCUCCGCGAGAACACCUACAUCAGCCUCACCAAUUGCGAGAUGUACACGCUUCUCAAGGAAGAUUUCGACGCUCUCCUCGAAGAGUACCCUGACACGGAGAGCAUCCUCACCGAGCACUAUGACCUGCGCAAGAAGAACUACACGGACACGCACGCCACCAUGAUGCAACGCUUCUCGAUGUACGACAAGUACAAGGACGACCCGGCGCAGCUCCGGCGCGUCGAAGACCUCUGGCCGCACCUCAAGAUCUCGUUCAACGGGACGCCGCUGCCGAUCGAGCAAUUUCCCGCGCCCAUUUUGAAGCUAUUGCCCCACUUUUUAAGCCCCCGCGUCUCGGUCUUCAAUUCGGUCUUUUCGAAAAAAGUCAUUCUCGACGGCAUGAAGCCCAAGUAUGAGAAAGCUUUUACGCAGCCCAAGCGACUGCGUGCGCUCAUUCGUCCGCAAGCCCCGUGGAAGCUGCGCUGGGACAUCCUUCUCGGUGUUCUCAUCGUCUACAACGUCAUGAGCAUUCCCUUUCAAUUCGCGUUCCAAGGCGGCUACAUGGGUGACAUGACCGUCGACCCCGUCGUGAUUAUGCUCGACUACAUGGUGGACAGUAUUUUUGGGGUCGAUAUUGUCCUCAACUUUCGAACUGGGUACCUCGACGACGAGAGCCGGCUCGUGAUGGACGCCCAAAAGAUUGCCAGGCGCUAUCUCCGAUUUUGGUUUUGGACCGACGUGGUCUCGACCUUUCCCAUUGGCGCCGUUGCGGACGCCAUGAGUCCGUCCGCGGCGCAGCUGAAUGCCACCACCGUCUCGUCGUUCCAGAACUUCAAGCUCAUUCGCUUCGUGCGCCUCGCGCGAUUGCUCAAACUCAUGCGCCUUCUCAAACUCAAUCGCAGCGUGAGCAGCGUCGAGAAUGUGCUCGACCUCAGCCCCGCCGCGAUUCGCCUCAUGAAACUGUUCGUGCACGUGUGUUUCAUUGCGCACCUCUCGGCGUGUGUCUUCUUCUUCAUCGGGCAGCUCUCGCAGCAGAUCUAUGGCGCGUGCUGGAUCGGCCCCGCGCUGUGGAAUGCACCGACCUUGGACAAGUACAUUACGUCGCUCUACUUUAGCUUUACGACCAUGGCGACGGUCGGGUAUGGCGACAUUUUGCCUGUGACGCCGCUCGAGGUCAUCUACGUGACGUUCUACAUGCUGCUGGGCGCGUCCAUCUUUGGCUACAUCAUUGGGUCCAUGUCGACGCUGGUCGAUCAGAUGCAAACCAAGGGGAUUCUCGCCAAGGAAAAGAUGGACCGCGUCAAGGAAUACAUGAAGGAGCGCAACUUGCCAAAGCCGCUCCGCGUGCGCAUUCGCAAGCACUUUGAGUUUUACUUGGCGCAAAAGGAGAUCUCAGCCGACUCGGACCUUGUCCACGAACUCUCGGACGACCUCCGCACGCAGCUCGUGAUCCACUUGAACAAGGACGUGGUAGCCAAAAUCCCAUUCUUCGCCAACCAAGACGACGCGUGCAUCUCGUACCUCAUGGGCAUCUUGAGCCAAGAGUGCUUUACGCCCGGCGAAUUCGUCUUCCGCGGCGAGUUUGGACGCCACAUGUACUUUCUUGUCAAAGGCACGGUCGAAGUCGUCAUCAACGUCAACACGCCCCAAGAGCUGCUCUGCAAGGUGCUCUCGGAAGGGUCGUACUUUGGCGAGCUCGCGAUGCUAUUGAACUCCAAGCGCUCAGCAAGCAUUCGCUGCAAGACGUUUGGCGUCCUCUAUGUCUUGAGCCGCAGCGGCAUGGACCACAUCCACUCGCACUACCCCAAUAUCUCCAACCACAUCAUGAAGGAGAUCCGCGCCAAGCUCUUGAAAAUCCAAAAGGAGGCCGACGCCCGCGAGGCGUCGUCGCAGAACAUUCCACGCUUCCCGACGAAGCAGCCGACCGUGACGGAGCAGGCGCUUCUGGACGCAUACGCCAAGGUCGACAAGAUCAUUCUCAAGCUCGUCAACUUUUACGGCGACGGCGAAAAGUCCAAGCACCGAGCGAUCGCGACCAUGGUGAGUCGGCUCAAGAAAUUCGACUUUGACGGACAGUCGGUCUACGAUGCCCCGAAACAGACUGAGACCAAGAAGAGCGAGGUCGCACGUCGCCAGUUUGCCAAGGCCGGACGCAAGCUCAUCAUCAACAUGAAUGCAUUCGCCGUCGAAUCCAAGCGGGCGACGUCCGAGACGCGCUGGAUGAGUAUGCCAAGCCACGCGGACGAAGCCACCGGCCCCCGUGCACGCGUGCUCAUCGACUCGCUCGAGGCGGCACCCGGGCCUUCUAGGAGCCGCCGCGUCAAAGGCCCGUCCUUGACCGACGUCGUUACGUCAAACUAG